AUGCUGUUUGUGAGUCUAUGCAACCAGCUGUAUGCUGUGGCGUUCAUCACCAAAUGCCAAAAACAAUGGAUUUCAGAGCCAAAGGCAAAGAGGGUGCUUGAGGGUUCGUGUUCAUCUCCUCACGCUGCGCCGGAAACAGGGUACGGGCUCUGGCAACGGCAGAGAAGUGCCCAUCCGCGGCGUAGGGGUCAGAAAAGGAAGUUGGUGACAAAAAUGAUGGAGUGUGAUAUAAACUACUCCCAAACAAAGAGAAGACCAUUGGUCUGGAAGAAGAAGGGAUGGCGUUUCAAGCUACCUUCGCCGGAAGAAUUGGAGGGCCUGGGUAUGAAAGAUACCCUGAAUUACGGCCAAGACGGUGCAGCCCCCAUGGUGGGAGUACACCGACGAGCAUAA